CGACAUCUUUAGAUAACCAGCCCCCCGACAUGAAGCUUCUUUUGUAGACAAGUAGCAGUGCCGAGUUUGUUCAAGAAAUGGCGCACUUCUGGAUUCUACCGCUUGUUGGAUACUUGGGCAUGGUCCUGGGCUUUGGCUUCCUUACUUUGGCCAUUGCUUCGGGACUGUACUAUCUGUCUGAGCUCGUCGAAGAACACACAGUCAUAGCAAAGCGACUAUUGACGCGCAUGAUAUACGCCGUUAUCGCCAUUCAAACCCUCCUCGUCCUCGUCGAUGGCUUCCCGAAGUUCCUCUCCCUCAUUGGCAUCGUGUCGCACGUCGUCUAUCUGGGGAAUAUGCGACGCUUCCCAAUCGUGAAGCUGUCCGAUCCAUUGUUUCUCUCAUCUUGUGUUCUUGUCCUCAUCAACCACUAUUACUGCUUCGCCCACUUUUCCAGCCUCCCAAGAGCUCCCACGCACUCCAUUUACGAUGCGCCCACGGUACCCACCUUCACAGAGAUUGCAUCAUACUUCGGAAUAUGCGUGUGGCUCGUUCCAUUCGCCUUGUUCGUAAGCUUAUCGGCGAGCGACAAUGUGCUUCCAACGAUGGGAAGCGAGGCGCCCAGCGGGAGUGCGGGACCUGGUGACCGCCAAAAGAGACAGGGGCUGGUGAAGGUUGUGGUCGAUGGAUUCAUCGAGUGGGUGGGAAAUGCAGGAAAUGUCUUGGGCUGGUGGAAAACAGACCGACGAUCGAGUAUUUUAUGAGCUAGGAAGCUGCGUGUAUGAUAAUGAUGUUCUGUAAUUGCUGGGGAGCUAUGCAUAUAAGGGAGUUUGAACAGUGGCAAGAGAUUAACGAUUAAAUUAGAUGUCUGUACUUUAAGAGCUGAAAUGAAAUCAAUCGAUAGG